AUGCUGUCAAAUCAUGUCAAGGAGCAGGCGGCCAAGUUUGACCAAACCAUAUCUUAUCAACUGUACUCACUUGGGCGAAAGUUCACCACAAAAUCACGCAAAUAUUUGAAGGCGUUGGAGUACUCCUGCCACGGCAUCCCAUGGCUCCUGGCAAUGGUCAUCCUGUGCUACGUCAGCCGAAGCAAGCUAUGGAUUCGCCUCCUGAUUGGCCUCAUCUUUGACGUGGUCUACGUUGCCCUCUCAAAAGCCUUCUUCCGCCGUCGUAGACCGACGUACUCAAAUCAGGAAGAUCAGAUGAUCAUGAUUGGCUACGACAAGCUGUCCUUUCCUUCCGGUCACACCUCUCGGGCCAUCUACGUCGCCCUCUUCUUCUCCGGCUACUGGUACAGCCUGCUGAUCUGGACGUGGGCCCUUGCAGUCGCUGCCUCCCGUGUCAUCUACGGCCGCCACUUUGUCGGCGACAUUCUCGGUGGCCUGGUAGUCGGCUACUGGAACUACAUUACCCAGUUCUCGCUCUUCUUUCCAAUCCACGCAAUGCUAGAGUUCUUUCUGCUCAAUCUCAUCGGCGACGGUGGUGAAGACUACUGA